AUGGAUAUGGACGCAGCAGCUACUACUUCGUCUCCACUCGUCUCGGAUGAUCCUCCUGUCGUGGACAAUCCUGGUGCCGAGUGGAUGGCGCUUGUGACUUCCUAUUUACGAGGAGUCGAAAGUUCUCGGGAUGACCGUCUCAUCCACGACCCUUUUGCCGAACCACUUAGUCGAUCCCGACGGCCGGAGAUUGAGAAGUUCAUCGACGAGGUCUUGCGCAAGUUCUACUCGUUCCCCGAGAACGUCAUUGCUCUCCGCACGCGAUACGUGGACGGAGCUUUGUAUCACCGUGACCCACGCAUCCUCCAAAUUGUGGUUCUUGGCGCUGGGCUUGAUGCUCGUGCAUACCGUUUGGAGUCGCUCCGCGGUUGUCAUGUUCUCGAAGUCGAUCAAAGUAAUGCCAUGUUUGAGCACAAGACUGAUGUGAUGAAUGAACUGCAUGCACCGCUUCUUGCUCAGAAUGUCGACUGCAUUAUCUCGGAUUUGGCCGCAGCUGGUCUUGAAGCAAAUCUAAUGGGUCACGGCUACAAUCCCGCAAUGCCGACUUUCUGGAUCAUGGAGGGGCUGCUUCCCUAUAUGGAGCGUUCGGCCAUUGUCGAACUACUGAAGGUGAUUGACUAUCUGUCGGCUCCAGGGAGUGCGUUCUGGACGGAUAUGCCUGGUCAAUGUUUUGUCGACGUGAAAGAGUGGGGGAGAUACGCGGUUAAAUAUGGCGAAGAUGAUCCGCUGCAGGGAGUCUUGAAUGAGAUUCCAUGGACGUUGGAAGUGCAGACGUCGCUGAAAGCAGAGGGAGAUCACUUUGGUCGUCACUGGACGCCGAUCCUAUCCGCCCAAAGCAAACGAGUAGUUCCUAUGUUUUUCGUCGUCGGUAAGAAACCGAUUCCAGAUGCGGUCGUGAUGCAGAAAAUGUGUCCCGGUCUCGACUUCGAGGACUAG